AUGCAGAAUUGUAUUGCCCCAAGGAAAUCAUUGCAAGGACCCUUGAAACCAGAAAUUACCAUAACUUACAUUGCUGUUUCAGCUAUAUUCUUUAACAGCGGACUCUCCUUAAAAACUGAGGAGCUGACAAGUGCUUUGAUGCAUGUGAAACUACACCUUUUUGUCCAGAUUUUUACACUUGUGUUCUUCCCAACAGCAAUAUGGCUCUUUCUUCAGCUAUUAUCAAUCACACCUGUAAAUGAAUGGCUUUUAAAAGGCUUGCAGACAGUAGGCUGCAUGCCUCCUCCUGUGUCUUCUGCAGUAAUUUUAACCAAAGCUGUUGGUGGAAAUGAG